AUGGAUUCGAUGAUAAGCGGAUUGGAAAGCGUCGCCGCUUAUCUUGACGACACCAUCAUCACUGGAAGGACCUAUGAAGAACAUCGCCAAAACUUGAAGGCCUUGUUCAAGAGGAUCAAGGACUAUGGGUUCCAUGUUAUGUUGGAGAAAUGCGACUUUCUGAUGCCAGAGAUGUAUAAUUAA